AUGGAAUAUAAAAUUGAAAUUUUUGGUACAAAAUUAUUAAUUGACAAUUUUAUCAUGAUUAAAAACAAAAACCGUAACAAUAAAUAUUAUUGGGAAUGUGAAAAGAGGAAACAUACUAAACGGCAUAAUAGUAAUAAUGAAUAUUGUAAUGCAAGAGCAGUAACAAUUCUUGUUGAUGGUAAUCAUAUUGUUAAAGAUAAUUCUUUUUUAAAUCACAACCAUGGGCCUGACCCAUGCCGAUUGUUGGUAAAGAAAAACAUAAAAUAUAUUGUUUCAAAAGCUCUGUCUUCGAGAGAUAAACCUUCGCAAAUAAUACAGGAAGCAACGAGUCGCAUCCCCGUCAAUUCUCAGCCAUACAUGCCAUCAGUUGAAGCAACGCGAAAAAUUAUUUCACGGUGUAGAAAACAUCAGAAACCACCAGAACCAACAAGUCUUUCACAAAUAGAUAUUCCUCUUAACUUAUGUAAGUCUUUUAAUGGUCAAACAUUUUUACUAAAAGAAAGUACUAUUGAGAGUCACAAAAUAUAUAUUUUUUCUACUAAAGAUGAAAUAUCAAAACUUGUCAAUGCCAAUUAUUGGGUUAUGGAUGGUACAUUUAAAACUGUGCCAAGUAUAUUUUUACAAAUGUACACUAUACAUGCACCUGUUGGUGGAAAUAAUUCUAGAAUUUUGCCAUUAGUAUAUGUUUUAAUGACCAGUAAACAACAAUGUUGUUACGAACGUUUAUUCGAAGACCUAAUAUCAAUUUGUGAUGGUUUCGGUUUCGAUGUUUCACCAAAAUGUAUUAUAACAGAUUUCGAAAAAGCUGCAAUUAAUGCUGCAUUUAAAGUAUUUCCAGAAUGCCAACAAAAAGGGUGUUUUUUUCAUUUAGGCCAAAAUAUUUGGCGAAAAAUCCAGUCUAGUGGAUUGGCUACUAAAUAUGGAGAAAAUGAAGAAUUUAGUUUACAACUUCGAUGUAUGUGGUCACUUGCAUUUUUACACCCAUCAGAUAUACCUAAUGCUUUUGAUCAAUUGAAAGAUUCAUUACCCUAUGACAUUCAAAAUUACUUUGAAGAAAAUUACGUGCAUGGAAAAGUACGAAGGAAAUUUAGAAAUGGAAUAGUAUUUCGAUAUGAGCCAUUGUUUCCACCAUCAUUUUGGUCAAUACAUUUCAAUCAUGAAAACAAUAUUCCAAGGACACAAAACAAAGUCGAAGCAUGGCACAAAAGAUGGAAAGUAUUAGUAGGAGCUGAUCACGUUGGGGUGUAUCGUAUAAUUGAGGAAAUGAGAAAAGAGCAACAACACGUUGUGGGGCAAAUUCAAAUUAUUUUAUCCAGACAAGCAAGGCCAAAACAAAGUUCAAAGUACGUAAAACGUCAAAACCAAAUUCAAACUAUUCUAAAUGAUAAAGAAAACAGAACAACCCUCGAGACAAUAAGAGGUAUUGCAUACAAUUUGCACUAUUAA